AGAAAACUUCCCAGUUCCUUUCAGAGGCUCAUGAGAGGCUCCAGAGUUCAACGGCUGCUGAACUCAGCUGAUCCCUGAGAUCCGAGACUGAAGGGGCAGAGCCACCCAGGGAAUAACAGUGAGUGGCUCCUCUUGUCCCUGAGGGUCUCAACCAGCUCACUCAGAAGGAAGCCGUCUUCCCACUGCCCCAGGAAUUCCCACGGCUCCCUGGAUGGUGGAUCAAGAGACUGCACCCCUCCCCGCAGGAACUCAAUCAAACGGUAAGUCCUAUAAGUUCUGCCCACGGGGAUGCUCCGCGUGGUUUCACUUUUGCAAACAUUUGUUUAUCUCCCUCGAGAGGAAAACAUCUCCGCCUGUCACAGGAAGCCGUUUCAAGGGCUAGCCUUGUGGCAACUAGAAGAAAUUAAGCCAAGAUGAUGUCAUGCCUAUUUUAAUGCCCUGGGGCACCUAGCACACCACUAAGUACUCAAGAGUCUGAUGAAUAUAGUCGCUGCUGCUCCAGGGAGGACAUCCAGAAAAUGGGUAAUUACACAGCAGCCCCGGAUGACGAGGACUACGACGUCUUCAUCAGCGAUGUUCCGAAGAACGACGACAACGAGGUGGAACCACCACCGUGUGACAGAUACAUGGCCCAGGUCCUCUCAGCCCAGCAGGUGCUGCCGUUCUGCGGCACCCUGUUGGUGGCCGGUCUCCUGGGUAAUGCCUUGUUUGUCUUUGUCCUGGUCAAAUAUAAAGGACUGAAAUACGUGGAGAAAACCUAUUUUCUGAACUUGGCCAUUUCCAAGAUGUGUUUCUUGCUUUUCCUGCCCUUCUGGUUUCACACUGCUCUGGAGAGGAGAAGUGCCGAUGAGCCGCUGUGCUGGGUUUUCGCAGGACUCCGCGCGGUGGGUGUAUUCAGUGAGGCGCUUUUCAACACCCUCCUGAUCAUGCAAAGGUACGUGGUGUUUUUCCACGUGAGAUGGUUGUCCCCAGCCUUCAGGACGAUGCCAGGCACUGUGAUCACAAGUGUUCUGAUGUGGGUGGUGGCCUUUCUGGUCACUUUGCCUGAAUACGUGCUUUAUCAACCUCAGAUGGGAUUCCAGGAAGACCAGUGGUGCUCCUUGAGCAGAUCCCACUUUCUGCCAGCUGAUGAGACCUUCUGGAAGCAUUUUCUGACUCUGAAGAUGAACAUUUUGGUACUGGUUUUCCCGCUGCUCAUUUUUGUAUUUUGCUACGUGCGAAUGAGAAACCGACAGAGGUUCAGGGAGAGUCCGCCUGACCUUUCUAGGCUCCCAUUUGCCCUGACCGCCCUCUUCCUUUUGAUGUGGGCACCCUACAACAUCGUGCUUUUCCUGUCUGCUUUCAAAGAACACUUCUCCCUCCAUGACUGCAAGGGCAUCUACCGACUGGACAAGAGCGUUCAGGUCACAGAGAUCGUGGCCAUCGCCCUCUGCUGCCUCACCCCUCUUCUCUGUGUGUUUCGGAACAGGACACUUAGGAGAUACCUCUGCAGGCGGCUCCUCUGGUGUAACGACACCUCGCCUCAACCCAGCGAGGGGUCAGACCCAGGUACAUCAAGGCAAGAUGAAGUCCACAGCACUGAAAUGUAAACCAGCUAGCACCAACUGCGGGACAAAUAAAUGUUGACUUUUGUCUCUUUGCA